AGCAACUAAUCUACGCCUAUUUGUUCUUCACCACAAUGUCUCUCCACACCAUUCUCUUUUCCUCCGAGCACGUGACGGAGGGGCACCCCGACAAGCUGUGCGAUCAGGUAUCUGACGCCGUGCUCGACGCGUGCCUCGCCGGCGACCCGUUCUCGAAGGUCGCGUGCGAGACGUGCGCCAAGACGGGCAUGGUGAUGGUGUUCGGCGAGAUCACGACCAAGACGAUCCUCGACUACCAGAAGGUCAUCCGUGACACGAUCAAGGACAUCGGCUUCGACUCCGCGGACAAGGGUCUCGACUACGAUUCGUGCAACGUGCUGGUGGCGAUCGAGCAGCAGUCGCCGGAUAUCUUCCAGGGCCUGGGCGAUUUCGAGGGCGAGAACUUAGGCGCCGGCGACCAGGGCAUGAUGUUCGGCUACGCGACGGACGAGACGGAGUCGCUGAUGCCGCUGACGUACGAGCUUGCGCGCGGCCUUGCGAAGAAGAUUAGCGAACUGCGCCGCGACGGCACCCUUGCGUGGGCCCGCCCGGAUGCGAAGACGCAGGUGACGGUGGAGUACGACUACGACACGCGUGAGGGCAAGCAGGUGCUGACGCCGAAGCGCGUUGCCGUGGUGCUGAUCUCCGCGCAGCACGACGAGCACGUGACGAAUGAGAAGAUCCGCGAGGACCUGAUGGAGAAGGUGAUCAAGGCUGUGAUCCCCGCGAACAUGCUGGACGCGGACACGAAGUACUGGCUGAACCCGUCUGGCCGCUUCGUGCGCGGCGGCCCGCACGGCGACGCCGGUCUGACUGGCCGCAAGAUCAUCGUGGACACGUACGGCGGCUGGGGUGCGCACGGUGGCGGUGCCUUCUCGGGCAAGGACCCCUCCAAGGUGGACCGCUCCGCCGCCUACGCGGCCCGCUGGAUCGCGAAGUCGAUCGUUGCGGGUGGUCUGGCCCGCCGCUGCCUGGUGCAGCUGGCGUACGCCAUCGGCGUAGCGGAGCCGCUGAGCAUGCACAUGGAGACGUACGGGACCGGCAAGUACGACGACGCGAAGCUGCUGGAGAUCGUGAAGAAGAACUUCAAGCUUCGCCCGUACGACAUCAUCCAUGAGCUGAACCUGCGUCGCCCGAUCUACUACGAGACCUCCCGCUUCGGUCACUUCGGCCGCAAGGACGAGACCGGCAAGGGCGGCUUCACCUGGGAGGUGCCGAAGAAGCUUGUGGAGUAGAUAGUUGAAGGAGGUUUCGAAGUGUGCACGUCAACCGACACGAAGCGAGGCGUGGCGGCAGAGAGACCCUUUCGUUUUUCUCUUUCUCUCGAGGGAGCCGCAGCAGUGACCGUCUGAAACGGAAUAGCACAAAAUGCCCACGACGCGGUGUUCGUCGUGGCGCCUGACGCUGAUGAGACUUUUCGAAGAAAAAAGCUUUAUGUUUGUUGUGUUUUCCUAUUUUAGUGUACGCGCUUUUUCAUACCUCCAUCUUAAGUAAGUACCCUUUGUUUUUGUUUUUCUUUUCUUUUAUUACUUUUGAUGUGGGUGCACACGGAUGCGUCGGUGGCUCCGUGGGCACAGAAAUAUCUGUUUUCUGGGCCAAACGCGUGGCUUGUGCGGCGGGCUGCUCUCCGCUUCUGCGGCAACGGCCACAGUGUUCUCUUUAUUCCUUCCGAGCGAGAGCGCGUUCGUUUUUUUCUUCUUUCUUUUUCGUUUUGUGACCGGAAAACUAAAAAAAAGUCCGCUCACGUUACCAAGGUGCGUUCUCUCUUUUCCACUCUGCGUGGAAGAGAAUGACCAAGGCUUCCGUGGUUUAUCUUGCCUCUUAUUGUGUGAAAGCAUCGAGUUGUAGAAGAAGAAGCAACGGAGACAGCCGCCGUCCCACACGCACGUACUCACCCGCACACACACGCUCCAAUUCCUUUUCCACGCGCAAUGUCGAUGCGAAAUCGUUGGGUAACAGACUUUUUCUCAUGUUUCGGCAGUGUUGCGCGGUCAGGAGGCCACGCUUAAUUUCCUUUCUCAGUUAUGAUUCUUAUUUUUUUCUUCUUGGUUUUCUCCCCGAUAAAUAGGGCCAAGAUCUUCUUUUCUCUUUGUCAGUGAACUUCGACUCUUGGUGACUCAUCUUCUAAGCGCCAAACAAGAGAGCCAC